UAUGUUGUUAAAAGUCUCCAUGACAUUACAAGUUAUAUAUCUAUAUAUAUAGCUGUGUGUGUAUACAUGUAUCAUUGACGUGUGAUAAUUGGUUUUUAAAGCUUUUGUUUUAUAUGAUCAGAAAUCUAGUAAACAGCUCAGACAUUCAUGCACAGACAAUGGAUCCAAAGGAAUUAUACGCAAAAAUGAUACCUGAACAUUACUGUGAACCUUGUCGAUUCGAAAGAAAGGAGGUAAAUGCCACGCAGUUCUGUCGUGACUGUGAAGAACCUGAACCACUGUGUCCUCCAUGUGGUAAAGAACAUCUAAAACAAAAGGCUGGGAGAGAUCACAAAUUGUCACAAAACAUGGAACAGUUCGGAUCAGUAAACGGGAGAGUGCGCAACAGGGUGCAACAUUUCCAGCAACUACUUAGCAGACCACGAAAUGAUCCUGGUAAACCAGUUGCAGCAACAAUAAGAUUAGAUUCUGUUAAGUUGCGUUGGCGACAAUGCGAUGAUGUGGACUGCUAUCAAAUACGAUACAAGAUUAAAUCCGGCAACGAAAAAUGGAACAUCAUGCAGACGGACACCAAUUACAGCGAAUUGAAAGUAGAAGGCCUGACGUCGGAUACAACAUAUAUUUUCCAGGUUCGAGGGGUGAAGGGUGAUACGGAAGGCCAUUACAGUGACGCAAACGAGGAAAUAACAACGCGAAAGUCUCUGGCAGCAAUUCUUUGUGAUACCUCACGUAAACUUACCGAUGGGAAUCCGUCAAUCUUUGAAUUACCAUUAAAAGAAAACACGAACGCGAGAAAUGAACAGUAUAAGAUUCGUCAUCUAUGCUUAGGAGAUGAUACCAAUGGAAUGAAUCGCGAAGAAGAGAAAAGCAUAAUUUUGAUUGGCGCAACUGGAUCUGGUAAAAGCAAACUUUUGGAUGGCAUUGUCAAUUAUUUGACAGGAGUGAGUUUUGAAGCUCCAUUUCGAUUUACACUUGGUAAAGUAAACGACGAAGGAAAACAAGACGUAGCGCAAACGGAGUGGAUGACAGUUUACAAAAUUGCACCCCACCAGGGAAGUAGAUUAGACUAUACGCUGAACAUCAUAGACACGUCUUGCUUUGGAGAUACCAGUACUGUAGACCGAUGGGAUAGCAUUGAAGAUCAGGUUCGCUACCUUUUCAAAUCCAAAGGAGAUGAAGGACUCCUUUUCUUAGAUUCUGUUUGUUUUAUUGUUAAGGCACCAAAUGCCAGUCUUACAUCAGCAGAGAAUUAUGUUUUUAGUGCAAUUAUGUCCCUUUUUGGGAAAGACAUCGCUUCGAAUAUCUGCACAUUGAUAACAUUUGCAGAUGGCGCAGAUCCUCCAGUUUUAGCAUGUUUAAAGGAAGCUAAACUCCCAUUCGGUUUGACCUUGGAAUUCAACAACUCUGCAUUGUUUACACGAAACAAAAAUCUUCAAAGUAACUCAUUUUCUCCUUCUUUCUGGAAAAUGUGUUACAAAAAUUUUGAAGCAUUCUUCAAACAUUUAAAGAAAUUAGAAACAAAAAGCUUGACACAGACGAAAGAAGUCUUGUACGAAAGAGAACACCUGAAAACGAUAAUAAGCCAUAUUAGACCUCAAAUUAGCGCGGGGCUCUCAAAAUUAAGCGAGCUACGAGAGCAGCUCGAUUUAUUCAACAAACACAAAAAGGAAAUCGAAAACAACAGAGAUUUUAAUUAUGAGGUACAGGAAACAAGGUCAUACAAACGUGCCUUGCCUCCAGGACAACAUGUUACAAAUUGCAUGUUAUGCAAUGUAACUUGUCAUGAGGAUUGUAGAAUUGCAGACGACUCAGAAAAGAUGAAAUGCACGGCGAUGACCGAUGGCUAUUGCAGAGUCUGUUUCGGAAAUUGUUGUUGGGACGAACAUAAAAAUACCCCAUACAUAUUUUCUUUUGCGACUGAAACUGUUACCAAAACAUAUCUAGAAAUGAAAGAUAGAUACGAAAAGGCAGUUGGGGAAAAACUAACAAAUGAAAUGUAUCUAGAAAAACUGACUACUGACAUUAAAGAAAGCAUGGGCAAUGUUAUGGAUAUGAUGAAUAAAAUGAAUCGCUGCAAGACGAAACUGGAAGAAAUUUCGUUAAGAAAGCAUCCACUCUCUACCUUUGAAUACAUCAAUCUUAUGAUUCAAGCAGAGAAAUCCGAAAGACAACCAGGGUACGAUAAGAGGAUCAAAAUGCUUGAAGAGAUGAAGAAAAUGUUGCUGGUUGAUGGGGACUAUCAAAAUUUAGAUUCAAAAUUCCAUAAAACUUGCAAAGACAUUAAAAUCGCCAGAGGACAAGAGUUGCCUGGGAAAUAUGAAUUUAAGUCACAUCGUCGGCCUAAGAAAGAAUAAGAAUAGGGCGUUAUGUUUGAAUGUCAUCUUACGCCACCAGUAGCUGGUUUUAAUGAUAUACCAUGCACUACCAAGAAAGGAGAAUGAAAUCAAAUUGAAUGUUAAGUCGAUUACUUGAAACCCUUCAGGACAAAGAGAAGUACAAUAGCUUAUUGUUUCCUAUAUGUUGUAGCAUUUAAAUGUUUAAUGAUAGACAUGUUACAUUUAGAGUGAUACUUUAAUGAUUUACUUACCGUUAGCAAAAUAGAAGCAAUAAGUUACUCAUUUAAGGCAUACAUUUGCAGUCACUAUCCUUUGAUUUACUUUAUUCAAUGGAAAUCGGAUAUGAUAAAAGCGUUUUCUUUUUCAUCUUAUUUAUGAUACAUGGAUCCAACGUUCAUUUUGGGUGGAUAUUUAUAUAUCGUACUAGGUACAAAGACAUAUAUUUCAAACCCAUAAAGCCAUACAAAAUGUUAAUGAGUCCUAACAUUCAACUGAGAAUCAUUGUAAAUUUUGCUUCUUUACAUGCAUAUAGUCUAACGAUUGCAUUUUGCAAAUUAUAAAAUUUGGAUGCUAUCAGAUAAUCUAAUUAUCUUUGAAUUUGUUCACACAGGAAAUUAGAGACGUACAAAUUUGUUUUUCUUUUUAGUUUUAUGUAUGUAGAUAGCAUAUGUAUGUAGCAUAUCUUCAUAUAUUAUGAUUAUGAGAUUGAUCGCUGUUCGUAAUCUUCACCUUUCAUACUAAUUCAUAUUGCAUCUGUAUAAUACUACUGACUAUAUAUAUAUGUGUGUUUUCAGGACCAAAACGUAAACUAGAUUUUAAACUAAAUGUGCUAUGCUGUAUGAAUAAAGGACACUAUUUUUACCGCGAUCAUUAUAUGCAUGCGUUUUCGUAAAAUUUGAAUUAUGCAACUCUGUUUGAUUUCGUUCACUUUUGCAUACUAUUGAUGAAAGGUGAAGAUAACGAACAGUGAUCAAUCUCAUAACUCCUAUAAGCAAUGUAAAAUAAAUAGUUGGACAAACACGGACCCCUGGACACAUAGAUGGGAUCAGGUGCCUAGGAGGAGUAAGCAUCUCCUGCCGACGAUAUGUUGUUUUACUAACAUGGAUUUGUAAUAUUUGUAAUGUAGUUUUCUGUAUAUGGCGCUUUUACGUAUUGGUGUGAACGAAAAGCAAACAUAAUAAGCGAUAUGUUGUGAUGUAAUAUCAAUAUUUUUUACAUUUAAUGGUAGCGUGAAAAUGUUCAAUUUUCUCUUAUAUACAAUGUAUUUAAUCUGUCUAUGUAUUGUAUCUGCUUGCAAAAAUAUCUUAAAUUGAAUAUCAGUAGCUGUGUGUCAAUCAGUUCUAAUAAAGUACUUGUAGUUAUC